AUGUCUGAACAGGACAAAUACAGUGACGUUGAAAGUGCUUGGUUGACAUGUAAACAUAAUCACAUUGGAGAUACGGUGACAAUCAACAUAGCAGGCACACAAUUCCGAACGCUGAUCACCACUUUAAACAAACUGCCUCUUACAAGAUUAGGGAAACUCUCCGCGGAUUUCACGUACAUUGCACAGCCUGUGCCAAAUGAAAUAUAUUUCGAUCGGGAUUCUAUGUACUUUCGGCCCAUUCUGAAUUUUUACAGAACAAAUAUCUUACAUUUCCCCCAUGAUUUGUGUGUUCCAUUGAUACGACUGGAACUGGAGUUCUGGGGGAUAUCAGAGUGUGAUUUGGCGCCAUGUUGCCAAGAAAUUUUGGAGAACUUCGACAUUCUCGAGAAGGAAAAGGGAAAAUUAGAGAAAGAGUUCAAUUCCUUCAAAACCAUCAAGACAACGCAUUACGAAGGAGGCUGCGAGUCUUGGAAACAACGAGUGUGGACAUUUCUUAAUGAUCCCACUUCAUCUCGAGGGGCCAAGGUAUGGACAACAUUCUACCUUCUACUUUUGUUCACUUCUAUCUGGACCGUUGCGCUGGACAGUAUCGAGGGAUAUCGCGUUGAACGCCCAGUGAACACAUCUUUGUUGAAAGACAAUUUACAGUUCAGCGAUCACCAAAUGCUCUACUUGCAGAAAGGUUCUCAUCCGUUUUUAAUCUACGCAGAUAACGUCGUCACAUCUUUAUUUACGUUGGAAUUAUUGGUAAAAAUUUGCGUGACACCAGAUAUGCGUGGAUUCCUUAAAAACGUGUUCACAAUUAUUGAUUUGCUGUGGGCAGUUCUCCACUGGUGCUGGUUUACCAUGUAUAUGACAAUCAUCGACACGGUGGUAAAUCUAGGCUCCGUGGUUCCAGUGUUUCUCUUGACCUUUUUGGGAAUGAUGUCACUAAGUCUGCGUGUGCUCCGAUUGUCACGUAUCGUCUGCUACUCUAGCGGCCUCCAGGUCAUGAUCUUGACGCUGAAGGCAAGUGGCAAAGAAAUCGGACUCCUAAUUCUGCUUCUUCUGAUGGGGUCCAUGGUAUUUGGGCCGCUCAUUUUCUAUGCAGAAAUGUCAGUUUCGUCGCCCAACAUAGAAAAUAUUCCCGUUGGCUUCUGGUGGGCAGUAGUUACCAUGACAACCGUUGGCUACGGUGAUAUGUAUCCAAGCGCAGUAAGCGGAUAUGUGGUUGGUGGUGUGUGUGUGGUGCUGGGUAUGGUCUUCACUGGGCUGCCUAUUUCCGUUAUAAGUGCCAAUUUCACCAAAUACCAGGCGUUUGCGAGGUCGAUAAGGAGCCAGGAGAGGAAGGGGAAGACCGGUGAAACAGGAAUGGAAGUCCGCUAG